CGAAGCGAACUCGGGGGGAAAAGUCGCAGUGCUAGCUGCUAGCAGUCAAACCCAAAUGGGUUUGUGUUGGUAUGUAAGCACCCACACUCAUCAAAAAUACUCAUAGCGCAAAGUUUUCAUGAAAAAAAUGACCUAAAGUCCAGCGACCCUUAGCCGCCCGCUCACUCCCAGCUGAACGCUGCCAAAAGUACACAAGCCUUAUUUUUAGCCCCGAGCUCCACUCAUCUCCGUUCUACUGUCAGACCGACUGAACACGACCGGUGUUACCUUACAGUCGCGGUUAAAGACAUUUACUCAAUUCUUUAUUCAAGAUGCUCAUUUUCAGGUUCGGGGUGAUUUUGACCCCGGAUCGGCCGGACGUCGAGGUGUUUGUGCUGGGCUCCCGCCCGGAGCUCGGUCAGUGGAGCCCGGAUAAGGCCGUCCGGAUGAGCGCCGCACGGCCGCUGCUGUCCACCCGGGAGCCCUGCCUGUGGACCGGGCAGGUGCAUCUAACCGAGCCGUACACGGAUAAGCACUGGUUCAAGUUCAUUAAGCGGCUCGACGGGAACUAUAUCUGGGAAGGUAACGGUCCUCAUCAUGACCGUGAAUGUGUGUAUGACAAAAGCAACAUGGUGGACGGCGUGUACUGCCACCCGAUUGGUCACUGGAUCGAGAAGAGUGGCCACACAGAUGAGAUGAAACACACGACUGACUUCUACUUCAGCGUUGCAGGAGAGCAGGCCAUGCACUUCUCAAAGGUUCUGCCGCGGGUGUGGCUGGGCAGCUGCCCCCGGCGGGUGGAGCAUGUGACCCUGAAGCUAAAGCACGAGCUUGGUGUUACCGCGGUGAUGAACUUCCAAACGGAGUGGGACGUCCUGAACAACUCGCACGGCUGCCGACGCAACCCUGACGAAGCCAUGACCCCGGAGACCAUGAUGCACCUGUAUAGAGACUGCGGCCUGGCCUACGUGUGGAUCCCCACGCCGGACAUGAGCACCGAGGGUCGUGUGCGGAUGCUGCCCCAGGCUGUGUUCCUGCUAUAUGGCCUGUUAGAGAACGGUCACACGGUGUAUGUGCACUGUAACGCCGGCGUUGGACGCUCCACAGCCGCCGUGUCUGGUCUGCUGAUGUAUGUGCUGGGCUGGAGCCUCAGGAAGGUGCAGUACUACCUCACGGCCAGGAGGGCGGCGGUGUACAUCGACGAGGAGGCUUUGGUACGUGCGCAGGAGGACUUUCUGUUAAAGUUUGGACGCUUACACUCCUCAGUGUGUGAUGCUCAGAUAUGAAUACAGCACCCUCUGGAGGACAAAUCCAAAUAAAGUCAUUCUUGAUCCAUGACCAGCUCCUCCUGCCCGUUUAAUAGGCUCUAAAGCUGCAUCCGAGCGCUGAUUGGGAGGCUGAAUACACCAGGUGGUUAAGUAGUAAAUAUGACUUCUCUCCGUUCAGGUGCUCGUUCACAGAUACACCCACCACAAGGAAAAAGGAAGCAUGGGGGUCCAGAGGAAACAGUCCGGCCUUUUCUUUGUUGUUUUAAAAAAAGCACAUAGAUCUAAAAGAACUGCUCAGGUUUGUGUUUUUUGAAGUCACUACAAGUUUUUCGCUCUUAUAAAAGACGAAUUUACUCGUCAUUUACAAUCUAGAAUCCAUCAUCUACAAUCCUGAGUUUACCAGGUGUGCAAAUACGACUUCGCUGGCGGUUCAAGGGCAAAUAUAUAUAAAUAAACUUUGCUUGCUUGCUG